CAAUCACCUAUAUUAUCUAGCUUGGGUCAAUUGAGAUUUAAGUCUAGAGGUAACACAUAUCAACCAUCCACUUUAAAAAGAAAGAGAACUUUUGGAUUCCUUGCUCGUUUAAGAACAAGAGGUGGUAGAAAAGUAUUAGCUAGAAGAAAGGCAAAAGGUAGAUGGUAUUUAACUCAUUAA